CACAUCUGUAUUGCUACCUUGAAUGCUGCUCUUUAUUUAUGGAAUGGCCAGAGAAAUAAAGGAAGAGGUAUUUUUUCAAGAGACAGGUCUUAUAAGCGAGUGACUUGCCCCACUUCAUUCAAUUUAAGGACUUGGAUUUUUGCUCUAUUUUAUUAGACAGAUUUCCCUCGUUUAUCUCCCUUGCCUGUCCUCUAGUAAUUCAAAGCAGAGAAAUAGUGAUGCUAGGAUUUACAGGUGGUGAAAGUUGCUUGGUAAUUCAAUAAUGAAGCUUUGAUGUACCUGUGGGAGGGGUCUCUUCGUCCUAUGCGUGGAGAAGUGCGUUUGGUUGAUCAUAUACGGUCUGACAGACAAAGAUACAAGUGAUUUUCCAAGGUGAUAUUGAAUGCUAUAACCAUUUCUCCAGCUACUUUCUUUAGUCCUCUUCUUCAAAGUUUGUUGUGUUGCGCUUUUCUUUUCUACUCUACUCUACUCUACUCCUCCAGAUAUCUACACUAAUGGAGUUCUCCCAAAUUCUAGGAUGCACAGAGGAGUAUAGUGGGGCUACUGGCAGUGAGUCUGGGUGGACAAAAUAUAUUGCCUCCCCCGUCAAAGAAAACGACUUCGAUGAUGAUAAUGCUGAUAGCAAGAAUAAACAAGGAGAUUGCAGAAAACGUAAUUAUGGGAAUGAUGAUGGUGGUGGUGAGAGUGAUGACUCCAUGACCUCAGAUGCCUCUUCUGGUCCAAGCCAUCCUGAACUUCCAUGCAGGAGCAGUAAGGGAAGUGUUAACAUAGGUCCUUCCAAGUAUGCAACUAGCAAAAAUUCAUCAAAAGCAAAACUUCAGAAACAAGUGAAGGAAAGAGAUGGAUCAGCAAGGAUCAGAGUAGAAAAUGAAGUAUCAGUUCUCAAGGCAAAUAGUGCUGCUAGUUAUGUGCAAAGUGGAACCAAGGUAAGAAAAUCAGAGAGUUGAAUCAUUAGAAGAAGAGACGUGCUCUGGUUUCCUCUCUCUUGCUCUCUUUCGCUUGUGCCAGAAAUGUAUAAAAUUUUUAAGUGCUGAUGUUCUUCAGAUGUCUACAAGUGAAGGCACUUUCCAUGCUUCUGUAACUCUGUUUUGGAUUUCCAGAAUUCCACUGUGAAGUUGGAUCUCUCUCUCUCUCUCUCUUUUUCUAGAAAGGUGAACUUUGACUCUUGGAAAUGUAAAUGGAGGUUAUUUACAAA